CACCGCUCUCGCAGCCGCCCCCGUUCCCAGCCGAGAACACAUCACCAGUAACUGAAAACAUGUGACCCGCAGCGCACCGCCAACGCGAAGACACCGAGAAUGCCCACGAAGAUUAAUUAUCACGUCGUCUACGCUAGUGAUGAAGAUCCCAAGUACAAGGCGCUGGAAUUAAACGCACACGGACCGACUGUGAAAGGAUGGCAGAGCGGCAAGAAUUGCGAAUAUCCGCAGGAAUUAAUCUUGCAGUUGGAAAGCAGGGCGUCACUUAGCAAGAUUCAAAUGUUGAUGCAUCAAUAUUUAAUACCAUCGAAAAUCGAAUUGUUUUCGAGCAAUGAAGACACUAAUGUUGUUACGGAUGUGGCGUGCAUCGCCUGGGACUAUUUGGGAUAUAUUACUCUUUCGGAUAAUCAAAGCACUGGUUUUAAAAGUCGUGAGUUGAAAUCUGCUAAUGUGCCAAAAACUUUAGCCUCUUAUGUUAAGCUACGCAUCGGGGAAAAUCACUCUAAUACUUAUAAUAUACAUAAUCAAGUCAGUCUGAUAGCCAUCAACGUAUUGGGAAUUGAAAAAGAGAAACAAAGUAAACACAGCGAAGCAAUUGAUGCAAAAUGUGCAAACAAACUGGAGGCCAUUUUGAACGACCCCGAAUACUUUUCGCCCUUCGACGAUCUCGCCUUCGACAUGUACGUCGACGUGGACGUGGCGAAAAUUAUCAGGGAAAUGGAGUUGAAGAAACACAUCGCUGUAAUAAGUGAACGCUUUGAAUAUGCACGUAAAUUAAAGCUUUCCAUGGAACAUCUCCGCAGCGCUGGCGAAAAGCUCGGCAAAUACGAACUAGAAAAGAAACAUGCGAUUGAAAUGGAAGAUUACGAACGCGCCGGUAUCAAAAAGAAUCAAAUGGAUGACUUUCGCACCAGCGUCUAUCAGCAGUUGAACAUCGAGCAAUUGCUGGAAAUAAAAGGCGUUUGUCCCAACGACGAAGCUGAUGACGCCAGCGAUAAACUCUCCCCGAUAUUAAAAACAGACAGCAAAUGUCAGACGCCUGGAGCGCAACACAUUUACCACGCGCCGCCAUCACCGCUGCACAAAAUGCAGAGUCCGAAAUCCGCAUCGCCAUCGAUCGGCAGUCCGACGGGCCUACAGCAACGCGGAUCAUUCCGCAGGAGGAAUAAAUCCGCAGGGUCUAUCGUUAAGUCCACCUACGAACAGUACGAGGACAAACCGCUGCCAACUCUGCGGCAUUCGGCCACAAACGAAUUCCUACGGGACUGCCAGAUGGAAAUGGAGCAUCGCACGACGUCGAAACUGACGGAACGCGAGAGGAAACAAGCGGCGCUGCCUAUUUUAGUAUUCGGCGCUGAUAUUGUCGAGAAGUUCUAUUCCAAGCAUUAUCUUGAUAAGGAAGAAGGACUGAACCGAUUGCGCGAAGAGUUAUUGUCGUAUGAUAACACGCGGAUGCAUACAGCGAAUAAGACAGGUCGCGCCGCCAUAUUUCUCCUGCAUCGGGCGCUGCGAGACAAAGUUUUCAGCGUUUACAAUUUGGCGAACGAAGUUAUUCGAUUAUACUUCGUGCAAUACGUACCGGGAAGAGUUUCACCUGCUGAAGUGUCAAGAAGUGUGGAUAAAUUACUACCGGAGUUGUUGACAAAGUCGGGAGAUACCAGCGCGCGCAUUCAUCACAUGGCUGUGCACACGAUUCUCACAAUGGCGGACUGCAAGAAUGUGAGGGAGCUACAUAUUAUUCCAGUCCAUUUAAGUCGUCCGAUUAUUAGUAGCACCCAUCCACGUUUGGCACUCAGCCGUGCUGAAAUGGUCGAGCAAUUGAUCAUCAGCCAAAGUAUUUCUACUGAUAAACAAAGUGGAUUAACAUGUCGUACAUUAUCCGAGUUCGGUUCCAGCGGCUUACACCAUCCGGCAGAAGCAGUGCGCAAAGUGGCAGAAAGAAUUCUUGUACUAGUUUACAAAGUGAAUCCACGCUUAGUGCGAAAACAAUUACCGCCAGACGAUGAUAUCACGCGAAGAAACUUAUUAUACAGGCAAUUGUUUCACGAGUUUGAUAAAAUUGACUUGCAGCGCAAGAAAGAAUUAAUGGAACGAAAUCGUGUGAUACAAGGUAAUUUGAAUGAUUCAAUGAGUCCGGAACCAUGUUACAAUGGCGGCAUGAACAAAUGUCAAAGCACGAUGAACAUAGCCAGUCACAACAGUUCGGAAUCGGAGAAAAAUCAUUACAGCCUAACGAAAAGUUUGAGCGGCGGAAAUAUCGUGAAAAUCAAUCAUGCGAACGAAGAGAAAAACAGUGGAAGUGGCAUUUCGACACCGAGCAACGGAUCUAAGGAAGACGAUGACAAGCAUUGUAUAUUUUGUGGACAAUCCGAAGUGGCCAUCUUUGCAAUCAGCAAUUCAAUGAAUUCGCAUUACUGGCGCUCAUGCCCGAUGCUCGUCCGCUGCGCUGAGUGCAGUCAAGUCGUGGAAGUAGCCGCCCUCACUGAUCACAUCCUCAUGGAUUGUGAACACCGUGAAAACUACACGCAAUGCGCACAGUGUACCGAACCAGUGCGAUUGGACGAACUGCAAGAACACGAAUUAUGCUGCACGGAAAUCGCAGAGGGCUGCAACCGAUGUCCGCUCUGCCACGAAAACCUCGAAGACGAAGAGUUCGUGUGGAAGAAGCACCUGAUGGGCGAGAGGCCGUGCACAAAGAAUGCGCGAAUCAAAACCACAAUUACGAAACAGGUCAAAAUUAGGAUCUAGGAACGUGCCGCAUACUUUUUAUAUCCGUAUAUUGAAUAAUUGAUUCUUUUUUGCAAUUACGAUAAAUCUAUUUUGUAUACUGUCGCACUAAAUACAAGGUAUAGUGAAACCCAAAGACGUCCAGACAACUAAACUAUCAAAUAGUUUGAUAUAGGUGAGUAGCCAGUUAAAUUUUUGGCGCAUUGCUUGAAAAGUUCAUAGUUUUGAUGUACUUGAAAGAUACUUACUUUAGAUAGUUCCAAUGUUUUUAAAACCUAAGCUAAGGAACAUAAAACCUGAAUCAUUUCUGUAGGUAACAACUAGUGUCUCAUAUAGUUAGUUAGUAAUCAUUUAUUAUUGUUGUCGCCAGUUUAAUAUUACCAAGUUAUAAAAUAAAUUCUUUACUCACUUAA